GAUUGGUAGUAUUGUUAUUAACUACCGAAAAUUCCUCUUCUCUCUUUCCGUUUCUCAAUUGCCCUUAGAGAGAAGAGAAGAAAGAAGAAGAAAUUUUCUAUAACUCUGCAUACAGAGAUAAUUAAUUACAGCCUAUUUGAUUGUUAUUAUAGAAAUUUUACAUUUUGUAAAGACAUAUAUAAUAAUGGAUUCGAUAAUUAACAAAGCAGGUUCUUAUUAUUUUGGUCAAAAAGCCAACAAGGAGCUCAGUUCCGUCACCAAUGAUCUUAAUAACUUGCAAAACAGUAUUACAGGAGGAACCAAAAAGCUGGUGAACAAGAUUAAAGGAAAAGUGCAAAAGCCAUUGCCCGAGCUGCUGAAGGAGUAUGACAUUCCAGUAGGUAUUUUCCCUCGUGACGCAACCAACUACGAGUUUAAUGAAGAGACGAAGAAACUUACUGUACAUAUACCCGAGAUCUGUGAAGUUAGUUACAGGGAUUCAUCUAUAGUACGGUUUAAUACGACUGUUACUGGACAUUUGGAGAAGGGAAAUUUUGCUGACAUAGAGGGAAUGAAAACAAAGGUGAUGUUCCUUUGGAUAACAGUUAGUGUUGUUUUAUGUGAAAAAACAGAGAUUCAUUUCACUGCUGGGCUGAGGCGAACGCGUAGUAGAGCUGCAUAUGAGGUCUUCAGAGAUGGAAUCGGCGUAGAUAAAUUCUAGUAUGAUCAACUAACUCUGAAAACUGAGUUUGUCAUAUAAUUUGAUGUUUUUCUUGAGUGAUUUUUACACUUUCUUGAUGUCCAUGUAGCGGUAGUACUUAUGACUUCUCUAUGAAAAAAAUUCUGUUGAUAGUAGCAACUUCUGAGCCUAGAUUUGAA